UGCCCUGCCCUCAGCAUCUCACCCGCACUCCCUUUCAUACACAGACACACAUGCACUAACACUCACAUUCCCCACCUCUCUGCAGCUGUGCUGGAGAUCUGCAGCAGAGCCCGUGGCUUCCCUGUUCAUCUGUCGCUGUCUGGUCAACCUCAUUAGGGAAGAACAAGCUUGCAUGCCACAUACUAGUGUGCAUGUCGCCACUGAGCAAGAGAAGAGUGCUUGUGCUCGUCUUUUUGCCACAGGAGCACCCAUCAUUCAGAGCCAGCCUGUGUGGGCAGAGCGGAGAAAGAGAGCAGCAAGGGAAAGAAAGAAGAAGAAAAAAGAGCAAGAGGAGAGCCAGAAAUGCUUCUGUCGUGAGACCCUCCUCCACCAUGGCUGCUGCAUAGGAAUCCAUCACCACGGCAGCCGUUUGCAUGAGGUGUGAGACGUUGGAGAGAAAGCAAAAUCUGUACAGAGGAAGAGUAAAAAAACGAUACAACAUGGCACCUGAGGAAAAGCCUGGUGUUAAGAGAAGUACCUCCAUUGUGCCAUGCUUCCUGUUUGUAGAGCUGGUGAUCAUGGCAGGAACGGUUCUCUUGGCGUACUACUUUGAGUACACGGACACCUUCCCUGUGCACAUCCAAGGUUUCUUCUGCUACGACAAGACGUUUUCCAAACCUUACCCAGGUCCGGAGGAGAAGAGCAAAGUGCCGCCGGUCCUUGUGUACUCGCUGGUUACUGCUAUCCCUACCAUAACGAUAUUGGCUGGAGAGUUGAUGGCAUUCUUCAUGAAGUCAGAGAUAACACAAGAGAAGACUAUUGUUACAGCAGACUGCUGUUACUUCAGUCCUUUGCUGAGACGCAUCAUACGCUUCCUAGGUGUCUACUCCUUUGGCCUGUUCACCACCACUAUUUUUGCCAAUGCUGGACAGGUUGUCACUGGAAACCAGACCCCUCACUUCCUGUCAGCAUGUAGGCCUAACUAUACAGCUUUGGGCUGUCAUUCCAAUCUUCAGUACAUAACAGAGCGUCGAGCUUGCACAGGGAACCCGCUUAUAGUGGCAACUGCCCGUAAAUCGUUCCCUUCAAAGGAUGCAGCUCUCAGUGUAUACUCUGCUGUCUACACCGUGAUGUACGUGACACUAGUGUUCAGGACAAAGGGAACACGUCUGACAAAGCCAACAGUCAGUCUCACACUGCUGUGUCUGGCCAUGCUGGUAGGAGUAGUGAGAGUGGCUGAGUACCGCAAUCACUGGGCUGAUGUCCUUGCUGGGUACUUCACUGGAGGAGCCAUUGCUGUGUUUCUGGUGACCUGCGUGAUCAACAACUUCCAGCAAGCAAAGCCCCCUUCUCCAGCCAUGCGACCACAGCGUCCUGAAUCCAUGCUGGGCAUGCCCAUGGUGGCUCUGCCUUGUGUGGAGAGUCCACUCGAAAAGUUAAGUGGCACUCAGACUCCAAGGGGAUCUUCAUUUACUGAGAUCACAUGACCAUCAGCCCUAUCGGUUCCCCGCCACCCCCGAUGUCCUCAUACCGUCUCGCUCCAUUUCCAGCGAAGUCUAGACCAGCCAACUGAGCACGCUCAGCAAUGCACCGCAGCCCACACCACUGGACGUUACACCACCCUCUACCGCUCCUAUUCAACGCAGGUCUAGACAUUUUCCUCUUUGCUUCACUCCUCAUCUCCAUGUCCCUCCAUGCUGCCCUCAGGUCUCUGGCACACUUCUCAAACAAACAAGAAGAGAUUUUUUUUGCUUCAGAAAGCUCAGCUAUGGAAACUGAAUCCAAUGACUGCCUGAAAUAUGAAAAAACUUCCAGACGUUCAGGAUUGACACUGGCAAGAUCUUUGUGCUUUUUACACUUUGUUUGAGCAGUUUGUAGUAACCUUUGGACCUAAUGACAUUAAAUCCAUCCAACCUAUUCCCAGGGGAACCGAUAUGGAGUCCAUGUGCUGGACUUCUAAGAACAAAACAAAACAAAACGAAACAAAAGACUAAAAGUACAGUGUCUGAUAGGCCUCUUUUUGUUAUAUUGUUGUGUUUUUAAAGAGGCAUGUUUUAAAUAGUGGUCAUGUAAAACAUUUGAUGUACAUAAUGUAUUUAACGUUUGGAUUUCAACAACCAUACCAGCAAAUCUAACUGAAAUCUGAUGAUUCCCACUGUCUUUCUCAGUCAACAGUAUGUACAAUGUGAAAAACUGAAUUCUAUUCAGGUGGACUAUACAGUUUUUCAAUUUUUACAAUUCAAAAAUCAUUGUGUUUCGAUUCAGCUCAUUUCAGUUUCUGAAUCAGUGCCAAUGUCCUUUCCAUCAUCAGUAAUAGGCAGUUUAAAAAGGUAUAUUCAUUUUCAUUAAUGUGACAAACCUCAGCAUCUGGACAGCUGUUUUAGAAUUCUUUCAUUCACAGUAAAUGCUUGAUACUUGGUUUUUCUCAGAGGACUUUUUUUCCCACCAGACCCCAGAGCAUGGCAGAUUUAGCUUGUUAACAGCGAUGACACCAUUCUGACGCAAUGGCAUUUUCUGCACCCUCGUUCCCAGGAAAAGCUUGUCUCAGACAAAACAGUGCUCUGUCAAAUUCAACACCCACUACAAUUUGAGAGAUCAAAUCCAACACGUCUGUUCCUCAAAAAAAAAAAAAACAGGACCAACAAGGCAAUGGUGUUAGUUUAAUUUGCUGUGGUUAACAUGACUUAAGCUGUCACUCACACAUGAUAUGACGUGGCCAAUUUUGAAUGAAAUAAAAAUGGGAUGGAUGGAAUGGACAUUACUGCAGCUGGUAAGCAUUUCUACUAUGUGUAGAAGAUGAUCAUGAUGGCUUUGGUUAAUUAUCAGGUUGGAUACAUUAUUUUUUUGUUUUUGUAAAAUAAGUGUUAUGAACAGCACUUGUCUUCACUUAGAGUGACAGUUUUGCUGCUUUUAAUUUGCACAAAGCUUCAUGCACCUGUAUUACUGUAUUUUUCUGAAUACCUUUCCAACAUCUUUGUAUUUGCUCUGUUUUUGGCUACGUACAUUUUCUUCACUGUGCUGUGUAAGGUAACACUGUAUCUGCUGGACCAACACUAUCACCAUGCUUGCAGACACAGCUGCACACUCUUUGCACACAGCCUUUAUUCUGAUACUUUAUUCGACUGUCCUCCUUUCUUACAUAUAACAAUUGUACAGUUUGUGAAUAUAUCUUUUUUGGUACAAAAAAUAAUAAUAAAUGAGAGGAAGAAAAAAUGUUGUGUUUACACUGGCACCUACGUGCACCCAUAGUUGUUACAGUAGUAUACUAGUUAAACAUGAAACUACUCAUUGUCCAUAUUUAGGGAAAUAAAAAUGGAACAGGCUAGUUUAGCGUGCUUGGACAGUGAAGCCAUUCCCAAAGCCUAUAUACUGUACUGUAUAUGGUAGCACCUGACCAAUAACCUGUGAAGUACAACUAACAAACUUAAAUAAUAUUCUGAGAGAGGUGGGUAAGAUGAGCCAUAUUACUCAAAUAGGCAUUUGUAUCUAAAUAUGUUGUAAUAUGUUUUUUCUUUUGUUUGAAUAAUUUACCCAAGCCAACACGAGGGGAAAGCGUUGAAUCAUUGUACAUACUAUAACAAGGGCACACAGCGUUACUGAUGUAGGUUACAUUCCAAACCCGCCUGCGAUAAAAGAUAAACCGUGAUAAACACGAGACGCCACCCCAAAAAUGCUAUUUUAUGUAUACAGUUCUGUACUGUAUUAACAUUUUACUUAAUUUUAUAAUUAAUAAUUAUAUGACUAUGAAUAAAUUUCAUUAUUUCAAUAUAAAACUCCAUAUAAAUGGAAAAACAUAUGUCCCUAUAUGUUUUUUGGUCUAUUGUGCUAUCCAAUAGAGAUGGGAAAAAUCAGACAAACAAAUUAGUUAUGUGGCAAAUGCAAUUCCACGAUAAACCAUGUGCGAACCGGAGGAAUUACUGUAUUCUAUACAAAUCUAGGUACAAAACAAAUGAUUUUACAUUCCACAAUUUAUAGGUUAACAGCACCUAACAUGCAAUGAAUCUGUAUUUUUAUAUACAAUAACUCACUAAUCUGUAACUGCAUUCUUACCACUUGAGAAAAAAAAUUACCAAUAAAUGUAAUUCCAUAUGUCGACUUAAUACAGCUUUCCAUUUAACAUUUAUUCUACAUUUAAAUAGAAAACAGGUUUGGCACAUGAAGUAACUGGUAUGUAUGCUGUUAAUUUGUACAAUAAGCAUAACAUGCUGUGUGAAGUGUCAAUAAAUCAAUUUGCUCCAAGGUUGGUUGCUCAUUUUAUCACAACAUGAUGACUAAACUGAUCUACACAGCAGCAUAUAGAUCAUUUGGCUUGUUGUACUUUCACAUCACAUCAUAUUCAAGCAACAAUUAACCUUCAAUGUAUCUGAAAAUAACACUCAUUGUGAGUAAAAUUUAGCAGCAAGAAAACAUCUUGUUUUUGAACAUAAAUCACUUGCAAUGUUCUCUGUUUGAGCUUUUGUGAGAUUUGAGUGGCUCAUCUUACCCAGUGGGUCAAUUUAUUACCCAGAGUGCUUCAACUGCCUUGCUAUUUAAACAUGUAAGGUUUAUUGAAUAAUAAAUGGACCUGAAUUCCUUACAUCGAACAUUAAUUAGUUGAAUUAUUAUACUAUUAAAAAUAGAAAAUAACAUUAUGAUUUGAAUAGUUAACCAGAAUUUGACAUGCAGUCAAGAAGACACUCAACACUAGAAGAUAUAGCCACAAUUUUGUACUGGUUUAGAGAAUCUCGUAGUAUAUAGCAAUUUCUCUGAAUAAAGGAGAUCAGGUGUGAUUUCAAGGUUAGCUGGGGUGUUCUGAAGGUUUCACAUCCAUGCUGUUACAAUGUGUGCACCAUUUUGUAAACGUCUGUCUGAAGAACACAAUAAAUGGAUAUUUCAA